ACGGAGGGGUGGAGACCCUCCAACCAUUCUUCCUGAACGGGUCGUGCAACAAGCUGCUGCUCGGCGCACUCUGUCUGAUGGUCUUACCAGCCUUAGCAGAAGCAGCCGAGGGGGGAGCGGCACAAGGAGGGCCCUAAGGGGCCGCCCUGACAGGGGUGCCUGCUCCUUCCUUCCCCCCUCCGCCUGCUCUUGGUAGGGCCCUACCCUGUUCGGCGCGUUCCCUUGGCCCUGAGGGAUCCUUCGCUGCGCCCGUGCAGUUCAUACUUCUGGUUGAGAGCGAGCGGAGCUUGGGCUGUGACUGAGAGCAGCCGCAGCAGCGCCGGGGCAAACCGGGCCAUGGGUAGCUGCGGCGAUUCCUCGGCCGCUUCCCCUGACUUGCACGCCCUGCUGGCCUCGGGAGAUGCCUUGUAGGAAAGAGGAUGAGAAAAAGCAGGGUCUGCCGGAUGGUCCUGGCCACUUGUCUGGGCUCUUUGCUCCUGGUGAUCUUCUACUUCCAGAGCAGCCUAAACCCAGCUGCAGAGGACAGAAUUCUGAAAACCAGCUGGCGUGACAAGUCCGGUAGAAGUCCUCUUCAGACUCUUUAUGAUAUCGACAGGUUUGAGCUGUCUUCCCUGCAAGCUACUCACCAACAGAGGCGAGACGUUUUAAGUACAGUGUGUAAUCGCUACACCCGCAAGCGUCGCCUUCUGACUUCUGAUGACUUGCGGCACUUGGUGGUUGACGAUGUUCACAGCCUUCUCUACUGCUAUGUCCCCAAGGUGGCCUGCACUAACUGGAAACGAGUCAUGAUGGUCUUGACAGGGAACGGCAAGUACCAAGACCCUUUGGACAUCCCAGCCAGUGAGGCUCAUGUAUCAUCCAACCUUCGCACCCUCUCUGAAUACAGCAUUCCUGAGAUCAACUACCGCUUGCGUAACUACCUCAAGUUCAUCUUUGUUCGGGAACCUUUUGAACGGCUGGUCUCGGCCUAUCGCAACAAAUUCACUCGUAGCUACAACACGGCAUUCCACAAGCGGUAUGGGACCAAGAUCAUUCAGCGGCAUCGGCAAGACCCUAGUGAAGAGGCCGUGGAGCGUGGCCAUGAUGUACGUUUUGAGGAGUUUGUGUACUACUUGCUGGAUCCGCAGACGCAGCAUGAGGAACCUUUCAAUGAGCACUGGGAACGGGUAUACUCCCUUUGUCACCCCUGCAUCAUCCAUUAUGAUGUGAUAGGCAAGUAUGAGACAUUGGCCGAGGAUGCCAACUACAUCCUGCAACUGGUUGGGGCUGACGCAGGCGUCAAAUUCCCAUCCUCUUCCAAGACCACCAGGACCAAUGAUGACAUGACAGCUAAGUUCUUCCGGAACAUUAGCCCCUUUUACCAAAGGAGACUAUUUAAUUUAUACAAAAUGGAUUAUUUGCUCUUCAAUUACUCCAUUCCUUCUUAUUUGCGCAUCCGGUGAGGCUGGUGACCGGAGACCCUGUCCCUCACUCUCCAUUUUGGACUUCUUCUGUCAGCCAAAGAGCAAAAAAAGGAAUUGCUUAUCCAUUCCGGCUGUAGGGGUUAUGGGUAAUAUAGCAUGAUUCCAGUCUGUUAACACUGCAGCCACAGUUCUGUCUCUUUCACUCUGUUUCCCAAGUACAUUAAAUUACUAUUGUUUAAUUGUACUUCCUUCUGUCUCUCAACCAAAGGAAGUUGUUUCCAGAACAUACUGGAAUUGUGGCCUUUUGUGAGGAGGAUGGGUGGGUGGAGUCUGUCAGGAACAAUCUGAAAAGCAACAAAGAUGUAUUUUAAAUGUGUUUAAAACUGCCCCAAAUCUUUAUCUUGUACUUUGAAGAAGUCGGAAUGUGACCCACAAGAAGCGUCCUAGUGUGAACAAUAUCAUAGUAUGAACAAGAUUUUUCUGUGAAAUAAAGCGUAUUUCCACCCCCUUCCACUUUCUCUCAGCUGGCAUGUGAUAGAACUGGGCACCUCUUGGGGCUUAUUUUCCUGCAAACUCCAUUGUCAUGACUCGAAAUUCCAGUGGAGCACUGCUUAGUAGGUCGCCCUCUUGGCAUCUGUGUGUCCGUGUGCUUGUGUGGGAAGCACUCAGCCACUCGGUAUCUUUGGGUCCCGCCAGUCUCCAACCCUACAGAUGGCAUUUCUGUUCUUUGUGCAAGAGGCAUGGUAGGCACAGGGCACAUUUCACAGACCCAACAUGUCUCUUGUUUCUGAAAAUUUGCACUGGCAACUCACCAUUUGUUUCCUUUCUCUUGUAUCACCUCUAGAGGAUGAAAACCAAAUAUCUCCAUGGUGGCAGCCACCAUCACUUGUUUUCCUUGAAAUCUCUGUGUUCUUUGUCAUUAUUUCCUUCAGUUGGAGAUAGACUUCCUCUAGAUUCUAUUUAUGCCAACUACGCUUAGAAAGAGCCAGGUGAUGAGCCCUUGUCUGGAAGGAAGGGAUAGUGAACCUAGGAAAGAGUAGGUUCUUUUGGCAUCCUUACGGCAGCCAGCAGAGGACGGGUCCAGCACUUCGAACAGGGCUGUCUUGCUUUGUCUUUGCCCAACACUAGAAUGAUCUUCUCUUCUGUUAAACUUGGAUUACUGCCUUGUGGUAGAGCAUUGCCAAAUAAUAAUAGCCAAGCUGGAUCAGACCAGAGGGCCAUCUAGUUUGGCAUCCUUUUUCACACAGCAGCCAACCAGUGGCCCCAGAGGGCCAACAACCAGGCCAGGGAGACCAAGGCCUUCCCCUGAUGUAGCCUCCUAGCACUGGGCUUCAGAGGUUUAUUGCCUCUGAAUAUGGAGGUUCCCUUUACCAGCCCUGGUUAAUAGGCAUUGACUGAUCUAUCUGCCAUACAUCUGUCUAAUCUCCUUUUAAAACCAGCCGUUGCUUCUCACCCAGAGAAGCUAUCUUCUCACGUAUAGGUCAAAUCUGUACCAGGCAUUUCAGUUCAUUUCUUGGGCAGCACUUUGGAGUCCUGGGGAAGAGAAUGCACUCUAGAAAUGGGAAAACAGGACCCCUUAUCCUGGGAUUUGUGGGAUUUGGAAGCACAGCCGAGUGUGUGAAAGUGGACACAGAGCCUGUGUGGCACAAGACAGCCUUGUUGGCGAGCUCUUUCCAGGCUGCUGAGCUUUGUAGCAAUUGUACUUGAAGCAUCAGUCUUGAAACUGUAAAUUUGAAUUGGUCCAACUGGACAGUUGUGCUUAAAUAAAGCCUGUCUUUCUCA